CCCGCGCGCUCUGCGGUUGCUCCCGCCCGCCACGGUUGUCGUGGAGAGGGACGCGGAGGCGGUCGCCGCAGCGGGCGGGGAGGGCGCUGGCCGCGGAGUAAAGACCCCCGGUUCGACCGUCCCCCUGGGCCAGCCCCACCGAGUCCCGUCUGGCCUCCUCGCCCGCCGGGCCGUUCCAGAGUCGCUGCGGACCGCGCCGGCAUGUCGGGGGAGGCGAGUGCGCCCGGGGUCUCCCCUCGGGCCCCGCGUCCCGGGACACAGAAGUCGUCCGGCGCGGUGACCAAGAAGGGGGAUCGCGCGGCCAAGGAGAAGCCGGUCACCGUCCUGCAGCCGGUGGGCGAGGAGGAGCCCAAGAACCCUGAGGAGUACCAGUGCACCGGGGUCCUCGAGACGGAUUUCGCGGAGCUCUGCACGCGCUCGGGACUACCGACUUGCCCCAAAGUCGUUCCCCGGCCUCGCCCGCACCCGGCCUUCGUCCCCUCGCCUCGAUGUCGGAAAAGCCCGCCUUAGACGAUCAAGCGCCCGUCGGGGUCUUGCAGCCUCAACAGUCUGGAGAGCAAGUACGUGUUCUUCCGGCCCACAGUGCAGGUGGAGCUGGAGCCCGAGGACAAGUCGGUGAAGGAGGUCUUCAUCCGCGGCUGGAAGGUCGAGGAGCGGAUCUUGGGAAUCUUCUCUACGUGUCUGCCUCCGCUCACGCUGCAGGCCAUCCACUUGUGGAAGGUGGGGCUGACGGAUAAGACCCUGACCACCUUCAUCGCUCUCCUGCCUCUUGCGCCAUCCACGCUCAGGAAGGUGUCUCUGGAGGGCAACCCGCUGCCCGAGCAGUCCUUUCACAAGCUCAUGGAGCUGGACAGCACCAUCUCCCACUUGUCCCUGCGGAACAACGACAUCGACGACCAUGGGGCACAGCUGCUGGGCCAGGCUCUGUCCACACUGCACAGCUGUAACCGCUCCCUGGUCUCGCUCAACCUGGGCUUCAACCACAUCGGGGAUGCAGGCGCUGGCUACAUCGCUGAUGUGUGUUUGAAUCGCGCCCUGCUCUGGCUGUCCAUGGCACACAACCGUAUCCAGGAGGGCGCCUUGAAGCUGGCCGAGGUCCUGCGCCCCUUCGAGCUGACACACACGGAGGUGGUGGAGCGCCGCCGCCUCCUGCUGGAAAAGGGGUCUCAUGAGCGCUCGAGAUCGCCUUCCUCCUCCCGACACGGGGACUCCAAAGGCUGAGAAGAACCCUUCACGGGCGUCAGCAAUGUUGCCCUGUCAGAGAAGCCAGACAAGUCGCCCACCACGAAGACCCUGAAAGGCCCUGGGCAAGAAAAAGGAGAAGUCAGGGUGUGGGACGGGGCGAAGAGAGAGGAGAAGCCGGGGUCAGGGCAGUCACCCACACAGGGGGACCCUAAGAAAGAAGACACCAAGGCCUCCAAGGGGAAGGUCACCAUCCCGGAGCAGAAGCCCAGCAAGGGGAAGGCCAAGAUCGGAAACAAGGAGAAGCGCAGCUUCCUGCUUGAGUCCGAGCUGGUCUCGGAGCCUUCAGAGGUGGUUAACCCUCUCCUGGAGCCCGUGGAGCACCGAGGGAAAGUGUUCAUCCUGGGAACAAGGGUCCUUCUGCACCUCAACCUCACCCGAAACCGCAUCACAGAGGUGGGGCUGGAGGGCUUCUUGGCCACCGUGCAGCACCAGGCCCAGUUCUCCAAGUCCAAGAGCGCGGCCAAGGGCCCUGUGGGGCUGCUGUGCUUGUCGCUGGCGAAAAACUACUUCUCCCCGCAAUGUCCAACGUACACCAUGAUCCAGGAACUGAUGCUGCCCAGGGACCCCAUCAGCAAGGCCAAGCCCAGAGAGGAGGAGCCCUCUGCGUCCUCCACCUAGCCCCUCCCCCAUCUCCCUCUGACAUGGGGGGCUGCCCAGUGCUGGUGGCCUGGCUUCCCUGGGGGAGAUCUCCAGUCAUUAACAAACCGUGAUUGCUGUCCUUUCCCCACUGCUGUUGUCUGAAAACUUUGUUCCAGAACUACACGGAAGGUUUGGACUCUGAGUCUGUAAGGGCCGAAGGGCUUUGCAGCUCUCCUGGGAUGAGAUCGGGCCCUUAGGCUCGGGCGGCCAGGGCCACACUCUCCUGUCUCCUCGGGCGUGCUUCUUGCUUGCUCUUUGCCUGUUCCCUGCAGGACACGGGACGCGCCAGGACCCGCAUUCAGCCUCUGGUCUCAGAGGACGCGGUGGGAUGACCUGGGACUGGCACAGGCCCGGUGAAGGGGCACGGGGAGGGCUCGGGCUCCGCCACCACCGGCCCCUCCUCUUCUGCGUUUCCCCGUCGGCUCAUUUGCCCAGGCACUUUGGAGGCAAGGACUCAGCUAGGGACGCGAAGAACCGGAAGGCUACUCUGGAGAGGGCGUUAAGUCUGUGCAUCGACGUGGCAAAGGCCAAGCACCUCGAAGCCCACAAAGCCCGGCACAUUGGCUGCAGGUGAUGGCCGCCCGGAGCCAGGGACGCCCCAGUGGGCGGGCCAGAGGAGCGUGG